AUGACCCGUCUCGAAAACAAAGUCGCGAUCGUUACCGGUGCCGCUUCAGGCAUUGGCCGGGCCAUCGCCCUGCAAUAUGCUCGCGAAGGUGCCAAAGUCAUCUGCGCCGAUCUGUCACUUCAUCCGCACUCGGAGAAUGCCACGCCCACCCACGAAGUCAUUCAGCAGACUGGCGGACAGGCCAUCUUCCAGCAGGCAGAUGUCAGCAACACUGCUCAGGUGCAGCGCCUGGUGCAGAGAGCCGUCGGCGCAUACGGCCGUCUGGACAUUUUGGUCAACAACGCCGGCAUAGGCACGGGCAGUCGCGAGCCAUCUGCGCUGCAUGAAGCGGAUGAAGAGCUCUGGGACGACACGAUGCGCAUCAACUCCAAGUCCGUUUUUCUGGGCUGUAAGUACGCCCUGGCUCAAAUGCUGCAGCAAGACCCGCAUCCAUCAGGCGAUCGAGGAUGGAUCGUCAAUAUCUCAUCUAUCGCAAGCCUGGUAGCCAUCGGGGGCAUUGGACCAUACUCCGCCUCCAAAGGAGCCGUGAGCAGUCUGACUCGACAGGCAGCACUGGACUACGCACCGCAUCGGAUCCAUAUCAACGCCAUCUGUCCCGGCUUUGUCCGAACUCCCAUCCUGCUCGCGGCAGCCAAAGACCCGGCCUUGGCGGAUGAAUACAAUCGACUCCACCCUUUCGGCGGUCUUGGAGAGACCGAAUAUAUUGCGAGAAUGGCUGUCGUGCUGGCAAGCGAUGAUGUCCGCUGGAUGACCGGUGUUGUUCUGCCGGUGGACGGAGGAUAUACUGUGCGGUAG